AGCAGUUAUAUAUAUAUAAAUAUUUUUUUUCGUGGUACAUCUUUCUCUUGUCUUGCCACUGGACACGAACCGAUAAGAGCCCGUAUCACCGUAUCGCCGCAGGGUCGCGUUAAUUGAAACGCGAAAUCAUCACGGGUUCCUGUGACACUGCGAGCUGCUGCAGGGUACCUUGUCAGGUCAUUUUGAGCUUUUUUCUUCUAUUUAUACAGUUAGACUUACGAGGGCAAUUACUGAUUCUUCAAUAUGCGCAGGAAUCGAAUCCGUGGGCCACAAUCUGCACUGACAGAUUUCCUGGCUUCCAACAACAUCUCCGCUCAUCAGAUUCAUCAAGAUUACCGAAGACGUGUACGAGAAGCAGAGGAACGAGAAGCCACCGAACAAGAGACCGCUGAACAGGAGGAAUCACAACAUGAAGCUGACGACGACUUUGAAGAAACACACGCAGGCAAAUCGCCCGAACAGAAGAAGAAGCGCAAGCGAAAGGAGGCGACUACGCUGGCAAAGAUCAAGCAGAGCAAAGAGUUUACCCGGCGUAAAUCUCGGCGCUUGAUGGACGUGGCCGAUGACGAUAGUGAUGAGGAGGAUGAUGAUGAUGAUGAUAUGAUUGCAAAAGAUAUGAUCGAUGAGAAGUCUCGGCCGAUGCCGGGGCAGCUUGAGAACUGUGAAAAAUGUGGGAAACGUUUCACGGUGACUCCAUACAGCAGGGCGGGCCCAAAUGGAGGAUUACUUUGUGCGAAGUGCUCGAAAGAAGUCGCAGAUGAGGGGAAGAAAGCUGUACCGAAGAAACGCGGGCCCAGGAGUGGCCGUCGGCAAGUUCAAAGUAACUUGCUGGAUGGAAUUAUCCAGUACGGCUCAAUGAGCUUGGUGGAGAUGUGCACGAAGAAAGUUGUCGAGAAUAUCGACGAUGUGGAAGAGUUUGGAGAUUUGCCCUCGCCAUUGCUCCAUCGUCUCAGUCAGAUUUUGUCCAAAAGACGUGUACUCACUUCGAGGACUCUGGAUUUCUUCUUACGACCUGAGCUGCAUUCUAUUGACAUUUAUGAUUGCGCCAAGCUCGAAACGGAUGACUUUCAAAAGAUAUUCGCAUACAUGCCAUCUUUGACACAAGUUAAUCUCCGGUAUGCGGGGCAAUUGAAAGACAGGGUGUUGGAGUACAUGAUGGGCCAGAACCCGCAGAUCAAGCAUUUGCAGUUUGAUGCAGUCAAUCUUGUCACCGAUGCAUGCUGGCGGCAAGUGUUCCAGAAGUAUGGACCGCAACUGGAGAGUGUGAAGCUAUCUAAUCUCGACUACUCUUUUGACGAUGAAACUGUCGAAGAGCUGUGCAAGCACUGCACCGGACUGCGACGCUUGAAACUCACGCAAUGUUGGAAAACUGGGGACAGAUCGCUUAAAGCGAUUGCAGGACUAAAUUCAUUGGAGCACUUGUCGCUCAACUUUGUUGAAGAAACCAGUAAAGAGGAAUUGGGAGACACCAUUCUCAAUGUCGGAUCGAACCUGCAGACCUUGUCUUUGGACGGGUUUCAUCACGCGGAUGACCAUGUGCUCGGACUUGUCCAUUCGAUGUGCCAUUCGCUCGUCAAAUUUCGUCUCUCCGAUAACGCCGUGUGUACAGAUCAGGCCUAUGCACAACUGUUCACUGGUUGGCAGAACCCUCCCCUGGAGUAUGUGGAUCUCUCGUCGACACGCGACGUGGAUUACUCCAACCCAGACGGACCGGAGGAACCGAUUGGCCUGGCAUCUCAGGGGUUCGUCGCUCUGAUGGACCAUUCGAGGUCCAAGAUCCAGAAGUUGAACAUUGCAUCGUGUCGUCACGUGUCGCGCGAGGCAUUCGAGGAGGUAUUUUCUGAGGGUAAGAAAUACCCACACCUGACAGAGCUGGAUGUCUCAUUCAACACGGUCAUGGACGACUUCCUGAUCGGCAGCAUCUUCCGAUGCUGUCCGGCCAUUAAGAAGUUGGUCGCUUUCGCUUGCUUCAACGUUCGCGACGUCCGGGUUCCUGCAGGGGUUGCCUUGAUUGGAGGUUUGAGAGCACAGGGCCCUAUCGUGGUGGAAGGCGGGUAUCAGAAAUAAGCUGUUAUACCCAAUAUUAACGUGCGACACCGGUCUACAGAGUAUGGAGCGGUCCGACUUCUUGAGCGUAUUUUGCUUCCAAUCCUUCAACUACAAUAAUUAUCAUGAAUAUGGCGUAUGGGUAUAUCCAUCUGAAUCAAAUUUUUUUUUUUUUU